AUGUCGUCCAAAAAGGUCUUCGUCACCGGCGCCACGGGCUAUAUCGGGGGCACCGUGCUCGCUCGGGUGGUUGAGACGUUCCCGGACCUUGAGGUCACCGCCCUGAUGCGGCGGCCCGACGACAAGUUCGUCUCGCGCUACCCCUCGGUCAAGAUUAUCCAGGGGACCUUUGACGACUUUGACAUAAUCGAGCGGGCAUCACAGGCCGCCGACGUCGUCAUUCACAUGGGCGACAUAGACCACGCCGGGUGCGCCAAGGCCAUCCUCUCGGGCGUCGGCAAGCGCAGGUCCGAGACCUUUGUGGUUCACCUCUCAGGCACCGGAUGCAUUGCCGACAUAUCCGGCAACAACUGGGAGGGCGAGCUGAACCCCCACGUGUGGGACGACGUGGCGCACGUUGACGACAUUUACGACCUGCCUCUGACGAACCUGCAUCGCGCCAUCGACAAGUCGUUCCAGGACGCCAGCAGCGGCCUCGUCAAGACAGUCUGUGUCGUGCCCCCUGACAUCUUCGGCAGGGGGCCCGAGGUCGGCGGCAGCCGCGGCACCUACCUGGUUCCCAUGUACGUCGACGCCGUCAUCCGCCACGGCGAGGCCUUCUACCUAGGACAGGGCGCCAACAGGCGCGCCGUGACGCACAUCGACGACGUCGCGUCCCUGUUUGUGCUGAUCCUGCGCAAGUACCUCCUCGAGAGCGGCGCCGGGCUCGAGUACGGCAAGGACGGCUUCUACUUUGCCGUCUCGGAGGAGAUUGAGUGGAAACAGGCCGCCGAGGCCAUCUGCAAGAUCGGCCAGGAGCAGGGGUGGCUGCCCGAGGGGACCGAGACGGCGUCUUGGGACGAGGACAGAGUCAGGGCUCUACUGCCGCCACAUUUCAAGGACAUAUUUCCCUUGUUGACCUUGUACAUCUGGGGCUCUAAUAGCAGGGCGAGCUCCACGAGGGCGAAGAGGCUAGGCUGGAAGCCUAUACGUGUUCUCGCCGACUAUCUCGCCGACGACUGUAAGAUGGCGGCUGAGAUCUCCCUUGCCAGAGCCGCCAAAGCUGCGGCAGGGGACGGGAUGUGA